CAAGAUGGCGGACAUACAUAAUGUUAUACAGAGUAAUUUCUGCCAGUUAUCUGCGAUACUUAUUAUGUACUUUGACUUAAAAUGCCUGUAAAAUGGCUGGAUUAAUUAAAUAUUGUCUUCCUUUAUUUGUACGUCCAUCAGUAAGCUACUUUGGUAAUAGAAAAGGCGUCGUUUUUUGCAAAAACCUACCCACGUGGAGCUGGAGGACGUUCCAGAGUGGAAGAGCUAGCUAUGCUGGUGAAUACGAGUGGGAAGAUCCGAAAUCUCCUGAUGAAAUCAUCAACGUAAAAUUUAUUGAUCAGAAUGGUCAAUAUAUCUCAGUGCAGGGAAAAGUCGGAGAUAAUGUCAUGUAUUUAGCGCAUCGUCAUAAUGUGGAAAUCGAAGGUGCGUGUGAAGCUUCUCUGGCUUGUUCCACAUGCCAUGUUUAUGUAAAAGAAGAGUAUUUUGAGAUAUUACCUGAGCCUGAAGAGGGGGAAGAUGAUAUGUUGGAUAUGGCACCCUUUUUACAGGAAAACUCAAGACUUAGUUGUCAGAUUAUCUUAAAUAAAGAAAUGGAUGGUAUUGAGUUGACCUUACCAAAAGGCACAAGGAACUUUUAUGUUGAUGGCCAUGUCCCUCAACCUCAUUGAGGCACACACAGUAGCUUAUUUGGCACUUUUUCUAAUCUACGAACCUGUGACUGGAAAGUUUUCUUUGUUUUCCAACCUUUUUUCUGACCAGCAAUUCACAUGCAAAGGAAACUUCCCAGUCCAACCAGUUUUGUUAGGAGUAGCUUGCAUCUUUAGAUGGGAUUUUCCAUUGCAGGAAAAUAACUGCUAUGUUUUUUCCAAAAAAACUGCCAAGUAAUUAGGUACACAGUGAUGCUGCAAUAAAGCCAGUAGUGUAAAAAAUAUUUAAAGGAAGAUUAUAUACAUGUAUAAUU